AUGAAAUUUUUCGCAGCGACUCUUUUUGCACUCGCCGCCGCCCAGGCGCCCUCGCCAACCCAAGCGUGCAACAACUGCAUCGGCUUCAACGACGCCGUGCUCAACAUGUGCGAGUUGAACGACAAGAUGCCCCAGACCUGGGCAAACGAGGUCCAGGCCUGGUGCCAAGCCAACGGAGGCAACAACAACGAGUGCACCAUCCUCUACCCGACCUUCUUCACCGGCAUUCUCGGCACUUUCCUCAACGACACCGCCCAGGCCCAGUGCGCUGAGCUCACUUAUUGCCAGAACACUUACGCCCAGGCUUCUGUCUCUCCCUACACCCCACCAACCCCGAUCGAGCACUGCACUCCUUGCCAGAGCUACAUGACCGAUCUCGCCAACAUCGCCAAGUUCGACCCAACCCACUUCCACCAGAUCUACACCGUCGCGAUCAACUGGGGCUGCGCUGGACUCCCUAACUUCGAGCAGAAGCAGUGCUACGCCAAGUUCCGAAAUGACGACAACGAGAAAUCCAUCACUGACUUCAUCGCCGGUCUGGACCCCAAGGACGCCUGCGAGUGGCUCUACUUCUGCUAA